CUGCAUACCUACGUCGCAUGUAUGGGUGUGGGUGUUUACAUGGUUAGGAGAUUGUAAGAGAGCGAGACAAUGUGCAAAAGGAAGCACUGGGAGGAGGUCGAGUCACUCAGAUUUCUUACCGUCUCCUGAUGCGAGAGAAGUAGAUGACAGCAGAGUGUUAGUGACAGCUGCAGCAAGUUCCUGUUUGUGCUGCAUAACUAGUAAGAGAGAAAUAAAUACAGAGAGAGCCGAAUAGUUUUUGUGCACGAAAGAGAGUACGCCUGUGCACUCACUCUGGAAAGGGAACGACUGAGAGGGAGAGAGAGGGAGUUGUGUAUCAAUGAGAGAGCAGACAGGGGGAACAGCAUUCCCCUAAUAUGAAGCAGGCGCCUGGACAGCAGCCUGCACUCUCUCCAUCGGAGCUCAGUUCAGGAGAUUGGAGAGGAGGUAGAAGACGGUGCCAUCUAUACCAUCACACUCCGAAAGGUGCAGCUCCACCAGACGGCUAGUAAGGGGCAGCGAUGGCUGGGAGUGGAGACCGACUCUGCCCUCAGUUUGUACGAGACAUGCAAGGGUCGGACCAUUAAGGCUGGCACACUGGAGAAACUGGUGGAGUACAUGGUUUCAGCUUUCAAAGGCAUGGACUAUACAUACGUCACUAUUUUUCUCUGCACCUACCGAGCUUUUGCCACCACCAAACAAGUGCUGGACCUGCUGCUUAACAGGUAUGCCAAACUGCAUGAUCAGCCAGUUUCAGGCAAGCCAAAACUCUCUCCAGAGGACUACAUAGAGCUUAAAAAUACUGUCUCAUCUAUCCUGGGUGCAUGGCUGGAUCAGUACUCUGAGGAUUUCUGGAGCCCUCCAGACCACGAAUGCCUGCAGAGCCUCAUAUCUUACUUGCAACUUAACUUCUCUGGAUCGGACCUGGAGAGACGAGCCCAUAACCUGCUGGAACACUUUCAGCAUCGGCAGCAGACUGAGGUUGAGCUUGAAGGUGAUCUGUGCACCUGCCCCUUUGCUACACCAGAGGAGAGCAGCUUGGAUGAUGAAUUCUCCCCCUCACACAUCACAUCCUUCAGUCCUGCCCUAGUCGCUGAGCAGUUAACAGUUAUGGAUGCGGAGCUGUUUAAGAGGGUUGUUCCCUACCAUUGUUUGGGUGGCAUAUGGUCCCAGCGGGAUAAGAAGGGCAAAGAGCACCUGGCACCCAGCAUCCGUGCCACUGUUGCUCAGUUCAACAGUGUGACCAACUGUGUGAUAGCCACCUGCCUGGAUAACAGGUCUCUCAGACCCUUUCAAAGAGCGAAGCGCAUUGAACACUGGAUAGAAGUGGCCAGGAAAUGCCGUAUCCUGAAGAGCUUCUCCUCUCUGAAAGCCAUCCUGUCCGCCUUGCAGAGUAAUGCCAUCCACAGACUGAAGAGAACCUGGGAUGAUGUGUCCCGGGAAAGCUAUCGCACUUUCCAGGAGCUGUCUGAAAUUUUCUCAGAUGACAAUAAUUAUUCCCUCAGCAGAGAGCUUCUCAUUAAGGAGGGCACCUCCAAAUCUGCUAUCGUCGAGAUUAACCACAAAGGUGCCCAGAGAAGACACCAGCAGCAAACAGACAUGGGCAUUGUACAGGGAACUAUUCCAUACCUUGGCACUUUUCUGACAGAUCUAGUCAUGUUAGAUACUGCAAUGAAAGACCAUCUUGAGGUUGGGCUGAUCAACUUUGAGAAGAGAAGGAAGGAAUUUGAAGUGAUCGCUCAGAUCAAGCUGCUGCAACUGACCUGCAAUUAUUACAACUUCACCAAAAACCAGCGCUUCACUGAAUGGUUCAAGAGGGUGGAGAGACUUACAGAGACUAAGAGCUACUCUAUGUCCUGUGAUAUCGAGCCGCCAACUGAGCCAGUGUGCAAAAAGAACGGGGGCAUCAUCAAACGCAUGAGCGAAGAGUCGGGUUACAGCAGCGCAGGGACGUCACAGUAUAAGUCCUUUGAGCAGCUGCGCUUAAGCCAGUUCAAAGACAGCUUCAAAGAUGGAGCAGAUUCCCUCAGCCUCACCUCAGCGGGAUCCAGCUCAGACGCAGAGGAGACGAGUCUCAGUCUGCUCAACUCCCCAGAAUCAGGAAGUCAAAGAACAUCUUUUUCCACACCAACUAUGAAAGAUUCUACAUCAGUCUCCGAUGCAGGAGAUCUUGCGUCUGAUUCCUCUUCUAAGCUCUGGGAGUCCUCCACUCCUUCAUCCUUGGAGGCCUCUGGAUCAGGCUUGGGCUGCAGCAGCUCCACCUCCUCUUCUUCGUCCUCAGUCUCUGCCUCUACAGGGAAGACCUUCCAUUUUCACAAACGGUCUGUCUCUGGUGUCUCUGACUACUCGUCCCUCUCCCUGCCGCUGUACAACCAGCAGAUUAACGACUGCUGCAUCAUCAGAGUCAGCCUUGACGAGGACAACGGCAACAUGUACAAGAGCAUCCUGGUCACUAGCCAGGACAAAACCCCUGGUGUCAUUAGGAAAGCCAUAGUCAAACACAACCUGGACGAUGACAAGUCAGAAGACUAUGAGCUGUUACAGAGGGUCUCCAAGCAUAAAGAACUUAAAAUCCCAGAUAAUGGAAAUGUUUUCUAUGCCAUGAACUCAUCUGCCAACUAUGACUUCGUGCUGAGAAAGUGUGGCGCCCCCAAAACCUGCCGCUCGAAGAGCUCCCCGAGCCUGACUCUACCACGCAUGAAGCAGAAAGGGUUCAAAAUUCCCAGGGGCUUCUUCUGAAAGUGCUUUGCCGAAUUUAGCAAGCCUGAAGCUGUUGGAGAUUACCAAGAGUUACUUUAUUACUCCCCCAGUAUUAUCUGGAUCUUUAAUCCAAUGGAUUUGGUGCAUUAUAGAGCUGCUUGUUUCUUGCAGGAAACUGUCCCUGUGUUUCCUGUCCCUACAGACUAUGUGAUAGGCACAGGAGGACCACUGUGGUACUUACAAGGUUUGCCUUAAGACUGCACAUAAGAGGCAGACUGCGUAUGAGAGGCAUUUACCAAUGCAGUCAGUCAUGCAUGAGCACACUAAUCAAAGACAUUUCAAGCACUUUAGAAAGGUCCUGAAAGCAGGAGAGCAGUUUGGAGAGUUGAUGUUGUCCUUUUCAAAUUCAAAGCGGAUUUUCUAUUGAUUCAUCUUCAAACAGACUCUCAGAUAGCACAGUCUCAUGGUAUAGUAUUACAUGUACAGUACAAACUAUGUAAAGUGUAUAGGCCUUUGUUUGCUUUUUGCUCUUUUACAUGAUUGUUUUGAUUGUUGAUGCUGCCAGUUUGGCUUGCCUGUUUUCCUGUAACUGAUCACAGACUGAAACUAGCCUUUCAGGCAAUAAUCGGAUCGCUCAAGACUGAAAUAUUCUCUUUUGACUGCUAAGUGACUUGGUUAAAGUCACAUUUGAGCAUGAGGAGAUGACAUGUCUGCGCUGCAGGAUUUACACUGUUAUUUAUGGUUUAUUAAAUAAUCAUAAAUAAUAUAAUUUGUGCUUAUUAGUGAAUUUAAAAUGCAAAUGUUGUCAUCUAUGUCUUAAUGAAUUAAAUAAAUGCCAAAGCCGUUCACUUUUAUUUGCAGCUGGCCUCUCUCUGUGUUUCACAUUAUAGAUCACUGUAACUGUAGAGAAAGGCUUUUUUUUGUACCAAACACUGUUAGUGGCUUCACCCUGCUAAGCCUUUUUGCAUUGUGAAUUAUAUCCAUGAGUGCUUUCUUACCAUGUGGUCUAAUGUGAUGAGCAGAAAAUUUGAGGGGAUGUUAUUCCUAUCAGGAGUGAUUUCAGAUGUGUUUAUUCAGCCAGAGGUGUGUGUGUGUGUGUGUGUGUGUGUGUGUGUGCGUGCGUGCGUGCAUGCGUGCGCGCAUUUUAAUUUGAGAGAAGUGACAUAGAAGAAUUUAUAUUGUAAUACAAUGAAAGAAAUACACCAAACAUUGGUUGUAUUCUGCUACUAUGCUAGCUAUAUAGCCAAACUGGAACAAAAUAUAGAUUGUGCUUAAAUUAUGAAUUAUGAAAAGAUCAAAAUCCAUGGGAAAAAAAACAUGCCAGUAGUGAUUUCACUGUUAAAAAUGUCUUCUUGACAAACCUGCUGUCAGGAAACUAUGACCUUUCAGUGAAAUAUUCCUUACUAUGGCUUGUCACUCAACACAUGUGCCAUAUCCAGACUUCAUUUUGUAUUUGUUUUUGUCCCCUUUUUAGCCUUUUGUAUGUCUGAAUCUAACUCUGGCUGUUAAUGUCAGAGUUAGAAUUUUGAAUUCCAGUUUUAUUUAUUUAUAAGUGUGUAAUUGUUUUAUUUAUAAUUUUGUUGUUGUGAAGAUCAUUAAGAAAUGCACCUUUGUAUGUACAAACAAGCACUACAUUUUUAAGAACUUACAAAUAAAAUUAGGGGCACUGAGACCCCAGUACUUGA